AUGGUGGGGGAUUCUCUWACCGAGGAGCGAUUGGAGUACAGAUAUAUCAUAUAUGGCAAUUGCAUCAGUCAGAUGAAGGUGUUGGUGAUGCAUGCCAUUAAGAAUGAAUUGGCACCUAAACCAGAGAAUCAAGAGUCCUUUGACAGAAUUGCCAAGAUCACGCCAGGUGGAAACUCAUGGAAUGCCGAAGUGGCCAAUGAUAUCAAAGCACUAUGGUUGGACGAGAACAUUCAAUCAAUGUACGAGCUGAGAGAUAAGGAAUAUCAACUCAAUGAUUCAGCUGCAUACUUCUUCCAACACAUUGCAAGAUUCUCAAAUGAGGACUAUAUACCUAAUCAGGACGAUGUCCUGAGAUCCAGAGUACGAACGACGGGUAUACAGGAAGCCAACUUCAAGUUUAACGAUAUCGAGUUUCGUAUGUUGGACGUGGGCGGACAGAGGAGCGAGCGAAGGAAGUGGAUACAUUGCUUCGACUCGGUGACAGCCGUCAUCUUUUGUGUGGCGAUCAGCGAGUACGACCAGUCGCUGCGCGAAGACGAGACACAGAGUCGCAUGAAGGAGUCGCUGCUGCUGUUUGACGAGAUCAUCAACAGUCAUUGGUUCAGCAGCACGGCAUUCAUAUUGUUCUUCAACAAGGUCGAUCUGUUCCGUGAGAAGGUGCAGCGAAUCGAUCUGGGCGAGCACUUCCCCGCGUACAAGGGCGGCUUGAGCUUUGAGAGCGGGUCAACGUUCAUCAAGAAGAUGUUCUUGGAUCAGUGCCACAACACGCAGAUGAUCUUCCCGCACUUCACUUGCGCCAUCGACACACAGAACAUCCACUUUGUAUUCCAAGCCGUUCGAGAGACACUGCUAAUACAUGUAUUGGGGAAGGUUGGUUGGGCGACGCCCGUC